AUGGCUACGGGUUCCAGCAAUAGGAGGGAUGAUUUGUACGCGAGGGGGCUGGCUCAGCUACAAGAGGUGGAAGAGACCAUAUUGAUGGAAGAAGAAAAUGAGCCAGAAACCGUUUACAAUGAAAGCCACCAGUUGUAUGAGACUUUCAUUACAAACCGUGGAAACCUUCCCAGGGGAAUUCCUGCUGAUAUAGUACAGUGGCUACAAAGUUACAACGUUUCUGACGCAGCAGAUAUUGUCAGGAUCACCGUACGAGCGAAAAACCCAUCCAACUCGGAUGCCGAUCCAGUCUUUGAAGCCUGUUGUAGCAUCAACCAGGGCUUCAUGUUCAUCACGUAUAUGAAUCGUGGUGGAUGGAGUACGGAUAAUAUCUACGCAGCAAAUCACCCGCCUCGGCUGCGUGUCUACAUGUCGGAGUGGAUCUACCACACGUGGGAGUUUGCCGCCAAGAGAUCGGGACGGACAGGUGAGCUACUCCCGCCCCUUUCUCGGGUUGUCAUUGCUAACAUCAACAAUGUCCAAUUGUCUGGCGCCAUCGAAGAUCUGAAGUUGAAGACUGAAAGGAACGACGGCGAGCUCUUUCCAGACGAUAACGAGUCUCCGUUUGUGACGUUCUUCGGAAUGGGGCUGGUCAGGGCCAUUGCCCGUGCGCUCUUCAGUAUGUCAAAGUCUUUCCUGCGGCACUACCCAACCAGAAUCGCAUGGCGAAGCGGGGGCCAAUCAUAUGUUGGUGAGGGUCACGGCGGUAAAGAUAUUCAGCUCGAUGAUCGCUUCCUCAUUAUCUGCUUGGCGCCUCUAGUUCUAUCUGCUGAGAGAAAGAAAGAGGAGAUGAAGCGAAUGGCGGCGGCCCAGGCGGCUGCGAAGUCAACAGGACAGAGAAGGCAGCAGUAG